AUGGCUCAUGGCGGUGCCUGGGACUGGGAUGAUGAACUUGAUGCCGACAAGCACCAAGGAGUGAAAAAAGCACUGGGCAUAGGCAAAAAUAUAUUAUCAGCAGGUGGCAGUGCGCUGGAUGCAGUGGAACAGACUGUUAUAGCUCUGGAGAAUGAUCCAGUGUUCGAUGCGGGUACAGGUGGAUACCUCAAUCAAGAUGGUAUUGUGCAAUUGGAUGCCUUAAUUAUUGAUGGCGCCAAUCUCGAUUUUGGUGGCGUUGCUGGUGUUACUCAGGUGUUAAACCCUGUCUCCCUGGUCAGAAAGAUCAUGGAAGAAACGGAGCAGUGUUUUUUCGUAGGUGACGGAGCGGAUGAGCAAGCGGAAAGACUCGGCUUAUUAAGAAUUAAGAACGAAGCACUCGUUACGACAGCCAUGCAGGAAUACUACAAUGCACGUCGUACCGACGGCCCAAGCGAUACGGUAGGCGCAAUUGCGAUGGACGAUCAAGGUAAUUUUGCAGCAGCAACCUCUACCAGCGGCACACCCUAUAAACCGUCUGGUCGCGUUGGUGAUUCCCCUUUUUUUGGUGCGGGAGGGUACGCAGAAAACAAUGUUGGCGCUGCGGGAGCAACUGGCCAAGGUGAGCAGAUUAUGCGGGCAUUGCUUUCUAAAUACGCCUGCGAUCGAAUUGCUGAAGGUGUUGAUGCUUCCGUUGCCGCCAAAAACACCUCUCAUUCGCGCACAUUUCGCUACGGCAUGACAAGCUCCCGAGGCAUCGAGAUGGCCAUCG